CCUACACGCAACUCCAAGCCGCCUCCAUCCACCACCUCCAACUUUCUCCUUGUCUCCUUUCCCCCAAUCUUGGUCUUCAAGGCGUCAUCAACUCAUGUUGUGCUUUUGAUUUAUUCGUUGUUUUUUUUGUUUUUUUUUUUUAUUUAUUUUUUUUUACCGCCUCCUUGAUUCAUUAUCCAGGAGCGCGGACUCGGUGGAGGAUCAAUGGAGGCGCGCACGUCGUCUCAUCAUCACCUUCUCUAAGGUGUUUUCUUUAUUCCUUUUUUUCUGUUUUCUUUAUUUUUGCUCCUUUUGGCGCAUCAAUCACCUGGAUCGUCGUCGGCUUGAGGAUGAUGACAAGUAGGUAGUAAUUUUUUUUUUAAAAAUACAGACUACAAUAACACCAGCAGCAGCAGGCCCAUAGAGACUGGAUAUGGAGUCCAUGAAGACCAAGGCCACGGCGGGGAUGAAGGACCUGGCGGGAAAGACAUUGGGUCACUUGCACAGGGUGAUGGACAAGAGGCAGAAGGGCGGGGAAGUCAUCGAGCUGACGGAGGACGGGCGUCCCCGGGAGGCCGCGGAGAGGAAGCCGCCGCUGUGCGACUGCAAGUGCUUCGGCCUGCCGCGCCGCUACAUCAUCGCCAUCAUGAGCGGCCUGGGCUUCUGCAUCUCCUUCGGCAUCAGGUGUAACCUGGGCGUGGCCAUCGUGGGCAUGGUCAACAACAGCACCGUCCACCAGAACGGAAAGAUCAUCAUCAAGGAGAAAGCCAAGUUCAACUGGGAUCCAGAGACUGUGGGGAUGAUUCAUGGCUCCUUUUUCUGGGGUUACAUUGUGACUCAAAUCCCAGGAGGAUACAUCUCCUCCAGGCUGGCUGCAAACAGGGUGUUUGGUGCAGCCAUCGUCCUAACGUCAACACUCAACAUGUUCAUUCCCUCGGCUGCCCGAGUCCAUUAUGGCUGCGUGAUUUUCGUUAGGAUAUUACAAGGGCUGGUGGAGGGAGUCACCUACCCAGCCUGUCAUGGCAUCUGGAGUAAAUGGGCUCCUCCACUUGAAAGGAGUCGUCUGGCCACCAUCUCCUUCUGUGGCUCUUAUGCUGGUGCUGUGAUUGCAAUGCCUAUGACUGGGAUCCUGGUUCAGUAUACAGGCUGGUCUUCAGUGUUUUACGUCUAUGGAUGUGUCGGCAUCUUUUGGUACAUGUUCUGGAUAUUGGUGUCCUAUGAGAGCCCUGCUGAACACCCUACCAUCACUGAUGAGGAGCGCUGCUACAUUGAGGAAAGCAUUGGAGAGAGUGCCAAUCUAAUGGGUCCUGCUGAGAAAUACAAGACACCCUGGAGAAAGUUCUUCACUUCGAUGCCCGUCUAUGCAAUAAUCGUGGCCAACUUCUGCAGGAGCUGGACAUUUUACCUGCUACUCAUCAGCCAGCCUGCCUACUUUGAAGAAGUGUUUGGCUUUGAGAUCAGCAAGGUUGGCAUUGUGUCUGCACUGCCCCAUCUGGUGAUGACCAUCAUCGUGCCCUUUGGCGGCCAGCUGGCGGACUACCUGCGCAGCAAUAACAUCCUGUCAACAACUACAGUCAGAAAAAUCAUGAACUGUGGAGGAUUUGGCAUGGAGGCGACGCUGCUGCUGGUGGUAGGAUACUCCCACAGCAAAGGGGUGGCCAUAUCCUUUCUGGUGCUGGCAGUGGGCUUCAGUGGAUUUGCUAUAUCAGGCUUUAAUGUCAACCAUCUGGAUAUCGCCCCACGCUAUGCCAGUAUCCUCAUGGGCAUUUCCAAUGGAGUGGGUACCCUCUCUGGCAUGGUGUGUCCUCUGAUUGUUGGUGCUAUGACGAAAAACAAGACACGAGAAGAGUGGCAGUACGUGUUCCUAAUAGCCUCCAUGGUGCACUACGGGGGUGUGAUAUUCUACGGCAUCUUCGCAUCGGGGGAGAAACAGCCGUGGGCCGACCCCGAGCUGACCAGCGAAGAGAAGUGUGGCUUCAUCGACGAGGACGAGCUGGCAGAGGAGACGGGCGACAUCACGCAGAGUUACGUCGCUCAGGGAGGGCCCGCCAAGUCGUACGGCGCCACCACGCAGGUCAACGGAGGCUGGGCCGCCAGCUGGGAAAAGACGGAGGAGUACGUGCAGGAGGAGUCCCAGGGAGGAGGCUACGGAUACAGGCAGGAGGAGGGAUACUCGUAGACCAAACACACACACCGAUACAUGUGUAAACUUCUUGAGCGUGCGUCGAUAUAGUCCAAUAUAAUAUCAUCGAAAUAGAAAUAUUUAGAAAAAAUAAAAAUCACAAUCUAUUGUUGUAAUUGCACAAGAAGUAUAAUGUAUAAAAAAAACUAAAAUAGCCUAUUUGAUUAAAAAGAUGUGAGGCACAUCAAAUUGGCAGUAAAUGUAUUAUUACGCAUAUGGAUAAUAGAUAUAAUUAUUUGGAGUGAAACUGUCUUUUAAUGUGAAAAUCCUCAUCAGCAAAGGCUUCCCAAAGAACGAGUGAAGCCUGUGUAGGGUCCCCAUCGUUAGUCACAUGACCUGCUACUGGUUAGAGUACAUAAAGCUGCCACUCAGACAUCAGCGUCUAUAAACGUACCACUGCACAGCAUCGUAAACCGUUGACCGAUUGUACCGUAUCGCUCCUAAAAGCACACUUUUUUUUGGUUCCUCACUGGUCAUCUUGAAUUAAGGUGUCUCUUUCUGAUGUUUGCUGUGUGCGCUCCAUGUCAGAUCUCAGCGCUGUAGUGCAAGAGUUGUUUUUGUUACCGCAAAAAUGGUUGACUUUAAAUAAUGAGCACAUCUGGAAUUAUGAAACGAAUGAGAUAAUCAUGUGUUUACAGCAUUUUAUUGUCCAAAAUAAUUGGUGUGAAAAAAAAAAAAAAAAAAAAAAGAACAUUUAAGGGUGUGUGUGCAAUUCAGAGACAAAAUUAGCCAAAUCGUAUAACAGUAUCAAUAUAUUAGCGCAGCACAAUUAUAUGGAAAUAGAGAAUGCACAUAACUUAAAGCACAUUUGUUAAUAUAAAUAUGUUACUAUAUUACCAGAGGAUGUAGCGAAUGGAUAAUAUAUACAGUGGUACCUUGGUUUUUCAUUAGUAAUCAGUUCCAAAAGGUAUAACAAAAAGUGGAAAAUGGUUUUUGUCAUAAGGAAUAAUGUCAAUCUAAUUACUACGUUCCAUACACCCAACAAUAUUGACAUAAAACUAAUCUUAUAGCGAAUAAUUAUCAUUUUUACAAACAGAAAUCAAUGCGAAAUAUGUAUAAAUGAUGGCUGAAAUGGAUAAAUAAACAUUUAAUAUCACUUUUACCUUUAAUUAUAAACUCUUGUAGGCAAAGAUGGCGUAAACCAGGGGUGUCAAACUCAUUUUAGAUCGGGGGCCACAUGUAGAAAAAUCUACUCAAGUGGGCAGGGGUGGUAAAAUCACAGCAUGAUAACUUAAAAAUAAAGACUACUUGAGAUUGUUUUCUUUGCUUAAAAAUAGAACAAGCACAUUCUGAAAUUGUACAAAUCAUUUUUUUUUUUUUAUAAUUACCUGUUGCAGUUAAUAGUAUAUAUACUUUAUUUGUCGUUAUUUAUAUUUUCUGAAUAAGUUAUGUGAUAAUGUUCAUCAGUCAACUCAUUGGUGUUCAUUUUCAAUCUCUCAAGAUAAAAAAAUUAUACCAAAAUCAAAUUACAAGAUGAUAUUUAUGUAGUUUGAUCAUUUUCCUCGACUGGUGCACUAACAUCAUAUGGUUUAUUUUGUUCAUAUGUAGCAUCAUCUACAAAGAUACAAAGACUUGCAAUUGCGACAUCCAGUGGCCACAUUUAGAACAGCUGUUUCUUUCAUUCAAAAAUUUCAGGUUAAUUUUUAUACCUAGCAAACUCAUCCCGCGGGCCGGAUAAAACCUGUUCACUGGCCUGAUCCGGCCCUCGGACCGUAUGUUUGACACUCCUGGCAUAAACAGUACUUGGGAACCUCAAUUUACAAAUGUAAUUGGCUUCUUAAACAGAGUUCGUAAUUAGAAAAACAUUGUAUAUUGAAGCAAAUGCUCCACAUGAAACAAUGUAAAAAUGAAUAAUAGGUUCCAGCUUUGACAAAAGUCCAUAUUUUUGUCAAAGUUUGUACCCUUUGAACAGAAUAUAAAGUGUUAUACAGUACUGUAUAGCAAACAAACAUAACAAGGGAGUGAUGGAUCAGCCUUCGAUUUAAUAACAAAGUCAAAACAACUCAAUGGAUGUUGUCAUUCAUCCAGGUCAUUGUAUUCUCAGGGCAUUUAAUCGAUCGCAACUCGACUCUUCAGUUUGUCUCAGAAGACAUUUCGUCUUAAGACCAUGGACUAAUGAAGCCUAUGGAUGAGAAGCGAAACGUCUCCUAAGACAAACUGAACAAUCCAGCUGCAACCGAAUGAACAUCCCGAGAAAGUCAAAACAGCAACAAUGAGUUGAGCUGUCCUCCACAAAAUAGCUUGUUUGUACAAUGAGGGGUUCAUAAAUCGAGGUUCCACUGUAGUAAGGGAGGGGUUAAGCCAUGUGGAUGCUACAAGUUCUUACAUUUAAUAGUGUUUCUCACCUUUUUAUCAAAGUGCUGGCACUCACAACUUUUUUUGGCCCUAUGGUGGAUUAUUUAGCCGUUGUACUCAAUUUAAAAAAAAAAAAACUGUUUCUGUCACCAACACGUGGGCCAACACAUUUGUUUCUGUAGACUAGUUUGUGGCAGUAUGAUGAUUCCUCCUAAGAACCAACGUUUGUUGCAGUGGACAUUUGUUUUUGGUAGAUUCAUUUUGUCAGAGUUAAACAUUUCAGGAAAAAAAAAAUACCCUACUGUACAAAACAAAAACAUCCACUGCAGAGGACGCUGAAUGGUCCUCAGGGGGUUAUGAAAACCAGAGCAAAAUGUCAGCAAAAAAUGUUGAAAAUCAUAUCAUACAAAAAUGAAGGUACCACUGUAUGUUGUUGCUAUGUCAAUAAAACAUAAAGCAAAUUGAUGUUUUUAUACAAAAUAGAUAAUUAUUCAGUAAAAUACUUGAAGAUGUUCCAUCUGGGCAAAUAGUGAUAAUAGAGUUAUUAGGUGUAACUAUUGGCCUAAUGUUUGCAACAAUCAGAGUAUUCUUGAUUUCAACGAUUGAGACGAUGCACCCCACCUUAGAAUCACUAGAGGGGGCCACAUCUGUCGUAUGAAGACCAUUCAUUCAUCAGCACUUCACGAUAUAAACGUGUGCGAAUGCGUACCAAUGCAUGGAACUUUGUGGUGCAGCCUCUUUCUUUCGAGUCGGCGUGUCUUUGUCUCAGAAACUGUUACUGAUGUUUCCAUUUCUUUGCACAAUUAACCAAAGGUGAAAAGCAAACACGGCUUUGAGCGGAAAGUUCCAUUUUCUAAGAGAGCACACGCAGACCAUCGGCCACAAGGUUGCAGUCUGGACCAAACUUCUCUCUGUACUGUACAAAGCAAUAAAUCCAUAGUAACAGUUUUGGUCCAACCCAACAUUUUCAUCAUGUAACAGUUUUUUAUGCAUUUGUUCCAACUUAGUGUUUUUGUGAUAAUAAUGUAUGAAAUGAUGCUAUAAUAAUCUAUAAUAUAUCAUACAAUAUUUAGUCCAAUGCAAACAUCUUAAGAGUUUGUGAUGGGGCUGCUCACCAGAUGAGAAUGAUAAGCGGGGCUCUGUGAACAACGGGCGCUCCUCUUCCUGUUUUUAUUAACUUGUCCCUUCUCUCUACCAGUUUUUUGUUGCAUUUGAUCAAUGUUGUUCAUCAAUUUCCUGGACUCGUUACCGUUCUGAACCACAUGUACCUCCUCUGUCCCCUUUUCCCUCGUGUACCUCCUGAUUGCAUUGUCUGAACAGUCAGUGCCGUUUAAAGACGAUAACUGUUGCACCGAGAAAAAAAAGAAAAAGAAAAAGAAAAAGACAAACGUGCAACUUAAAGUAGUUCAACUUUCCUGUUUUUGUGCCUCUGAAGUUAAAGUGUUAUUAUAUGCCUUCUGUUGCUCUGUAAACUGAGAGGUUUGUUGGUGUCAAAAAGAAAAUACAUCCUUUUUAAAAAAAAAAACUAAUCAAAUAGGUCCUUGUGUCCUAUUCAUGCGUGUAUUUUGUCAGCCUUGAUAUGAUUCAAAAUAAUUUGUGUUCAUCCUUUGAGUUGAAACAAUAAUGUGCAAUGUUUGAAGGGCCUGAGUAAGGAAGAAGGAAGGAAGUGUACUUUAUUGUUAUUGCACAUUGUACAGAGUGACGGACCAGGAACGCUGAUGGGUUGCUAUUUAAGGUGCCCCGUAAAAAAAUUUAAAUUACUACACGUAGGCUUCUAUGUGGGGAGGACUCAGUCUGGGGCCAGGAAAAAAAAACUUGAUAGCCACGAUAAGCACAUAUACACAUGUUACGACACAGAAACCACAAGGGGGGGCUUCCGAUGACGAAGCUGCAUCCCUUUUGGCGCUGCUCCAGCCUUCCAUCACACCUAAGGAGUUAUGUGGUGGCAAAGGCAUGGGGUGGAGGUAUGUGUGCAUAUGUGCAGUCCAUGGUCCAUGGUAUGUGUGUUGUUACGUCGAUAGGCUCUGCAUGCCCAUCGAAGAGUGUUCAACUCCUCAGGAGUUGAACCUACUAAUGUGUUGACAACAAACCUUCAUAGAUCAUAAUGAAUAAAUUAAUAACUUGCACCACACAUUGAAAUCAAUGUUUUUUUACAGUAUGUGUGUGUAUGGUUUGCAGAUAACGGGUUCUGGACCAUGAUGAGUUUGCAUGUUAAGGUAGGUUCAUCUGAGACUGCCAAAUAGGGAUGUUAUCACGGAAAA